AAUUCAAAUAACAAAUAGAAUUUAAAAUUUAAAUGAUAUUCAUUCAGACAAGUUAUAAUGAAAAAUACUUAAAUACCAUAAGUAUUUAGUAAAACAAUUAAAAUAUAGAUCAAGAAAAAUACCUACUAUUUAGAAAAACCUACUUAACGCCGAUAGAAAAACUUGUAAUUCUGUAGUUAUAUCAACCAACAUGGAUGAGACUGCAACUGAGAUUUGUGAAAACUGCAAAAAGCUUAUUCCUGCUGCAAAUUUCUCUAUUCACAUCAUAUAUUGUGCCAGGAACAUCCGUAUGUGCCCAGUGUGCAAAGAGGCAGUGCCUCAAGCUGAGGUGCCAGAACAUCAUGAGAAAAUGCAUAAAAUGGCUCCUUGUAAGAAGUGUGGGGAGAGUGUUUGUGGAACCGACCUAGAGGACCACAUUAGAGAUUCCUGUGCUUACACGAUGCAGACUUGCAGGUACUGCAGUUUGGAGCUACGUCGCAGCGAAGUGCCGACCCACGAGAAGUAUUGCGGCGCUCGUACUGAGCAGUGCCCAGAGUGCCGGGAAUGGGUCAUGCUGAAGUAUACCCAGCUACAUCUCGAUUCCAACCAUGGGUUCCUAAGACUGGAUGACGAUCCUGCGCCUGUGAAAAAAGAGACAAAAGUAAACAACCCCAUAAAAGUAAUAAAAUCUGAGAACGGAGUUGGCAACCCUGCAAGCAAUGAUGAAGGUAGAGCCAUCUUAAAUCAGAUCAGAGAAUCUAUACCAGAGCAUGGAAGAGUUACUUCUUCCAGAGUUUUAAGGGAUUCACAGAUUAAGGGAGUUAAUGAGUUUGACGGGGCUCACGCUAGUAGUAGCGGUGCUGUCCCGAAACCAAAGAGGACAAACAGCCAACCACAGAUUAAUACAAGUGUCACAAAUGUCAACAAAAUUAAUAAAAAUAUAUCACGAGGUGCUAUAAAGAAGCGACCCGCGCCCAACCCGCCACCGAAACCCACACGAGACCUGCCGUUGUACAGCGCGAUGAAGAGGAUGCAAGACGAGGAACGAAAGAGACAGGAACAGAAUGCGUAUAACCUUGCAGCUGGUCUUCCCCCUGUGCUAACUCCGGCCGAGAAAGUGGAGAAGCUGCGUAAGAUGGACGCGUUACGUAACAGAGAGACGGUAGAUGACCAGUGCUACAAGAAGCGAUUAAACGGCCGCGUGUGGAUGUCACCGGAUGUGGACGUAGGCCACGUGCUCAGUGGCUCCGAGAUCAUGAGGAACAUAGUGCCCAUGUCCGGCGAGGAUUUCGAGAGGAGGUUCAGCAGUAUGCGCUUAGAGGGCGGAGAGAAUGAUGAGAGUAAUGGUGGGGGGAUGAAGAACGGGAGGGGGGAGGAUAGGUUUAAUCAGAUCAAGAGCUCGUUGAGGGAGUUGCGGAGAGGGUUGAAUGAGAUAACCACUCCAUACAAUGCCAACUCGAGUGCAGACGCGAAUCAAAACCAAGUCUCGCCCGCUGACGAUGAGGAGAGUGUUCAGUUGCCGUGCGAGUUUUGCAGUGUCCUUGUACCAUUAGUCGAUCUAGUCCAACAUCAGACGGGUUGUCGUCCAGAUCUUACGCAGUUACGAGUGCAGCUCGAGGACAAGGAAGUGAAACAGGAAGACCCGCCAGAAGCUCGGGGGCCUGUCAUACCGUGCGAGUUCUGCGCAGAAUCACUCCCCGUCUAUCUCAUAGAGGAACAUCAGGAACGUUGCGGUCGUGAGACUAAUCUCCUGUAUCCAGACUGAAUUUACCCAUACGCUAAAAUUAGCUUUAUAAGAGAAUUAAUCUAUAUUAUUUUUCUACGUUUUAAUAGCAAUUAAGCCAUACAGUUAUAUUAAGUAAGCUGGAGACUGCAUGACGUUGACAGACUGUUAAACCAUAAAUCAAACAACACCGUGUCAAGUAUAAGUUGAGGUGUGGCCAAAAACAAACUCACGAUUUUUUUUUUAUUUAGUCCACAAAACUGACUACAACUGUAUGGAUUACAAAGUAGUAAAAUAUACAAAAAUACUAUUUAUCAAUUGAGUCUACUGGAUAUGGACGUGGCAUGCGUGAUUAAGUGAUACAAUAACUACAGCGUAACAAAACACGCUUAACAAACAAGCUUGAUAAAAACAGUACUUAUUCUAACAGCCAAUAACAAGAAUAAAAAAAAAAGAUUAAGAGAUUAAACAAUCUGUUAUGUUUUUAAAGUGAUAACCCUCACUUCUAGGAUUAAUACACAAAUAAAAUUUGAAAAACAAAAUUUUAUGAACGAUGCGGGAUUCGAACCCACGACCUCCGGCGUUCCGUGCCGGUGCUCUAAACCACUGAGCUAACCGUUCGAGUACCGCCUCGCUAUAAAAUUCUGUUUGCUUUGUUCAACUCUCAGGUUGUGGCUUCAUCUACAGGAUUGAGAGUUACGAACGGUUAGCUCAGUGGUUUAGAGCAUGUUCAUAAAAUUUUGUUUUUCAAAUUUUAUUUGUGUAUUAACACAAUUAUUAAUUAAUGAUUGAUACAUUUAAUUACAUAGGCUUUAAUGAAAUUUAUUUAUCUUAUAUCUGUAAACGAGUAAUUCUUGUAUAUAUACAUAAUCUGAAUCUCGGAAACGGCUCCAACGAUUUUUAUAAAAUUUACUAUACAGGGGAUUUCGGGGGCGAUAAAUCGAUCUAGCUAGGUUUCAAUUUUAAAAAAUGUAGUUUUAUCCGUGUUUUAUUGAGAAUCAGCUACAAUAAGAUUAGAAUACAAAGGGAAAUUUCGCCACUAUAUACAAAACUGUAAUAGCUCAGAUGGGACAUUGGGUGAUCCGGAAAGCAGAAGACCUCUUAAAAAUCCUUAAGAAUUCUUAAAAAUCCGAGCAAGAUUCGGUCGUUCGGAUAUUUUAUUUAUUAAAUAGGAAACCAGUGUUGUAUUAGUUGUAUACAUUAAUCCUUAUUCUAAAGCACACUUGUAUACAAUUAUGAUAUAAAUUGUAUACCUCACUUACAGGCUAACUCAACAUGCAUAAUGAUCUAAAAAACCAAAACAAUACAUUAAGUGCAGGUAAUUCUUUUAAAAAUUUAUAUUACUAAAAAUAUAUUACCAAAAAAAAAACACAAAAAUCAAAACAACUAAAAAGUGUCCAAAUGUUUUGAGUUCUCUUUAGUGUUAAUUCCACCAAUAUUUUAGACUUAAUUAUUUAGUCUUUUAAACAAUUUCGACACGUGUUUCACCUCUACACGAGGCAUCCUCAGGACAUGUUGAUUCGCCAAAAUCUGGCACGAGACUCCAGUGAUCUCAGAGACUCGAUGGAUUCCCGCAAAGUAACACCUACUUCAAUAAAUUAAGCAAAAAGUUAUAAAACGCCAAUAUAUACCUAACUCCAGGGGCGUGCAUUGGUUUUCUAGCAAGGGUAGACACUUUACAUCUAACUAGUCAUAGUUGAGUUUUAGUUCGACAGUACAAGGUUUCGAGGUCUAAAUAUAUAAGUUACUUACCGAAUAUACAAUCUGGAGGCUGCCUACCGUAAGUAUUUAGUAUCUAGCGUAAGGAAAAUAAUUAUAAGUGGGUGGUUGAUAAAAGUUUGGUUCUAGAAUAACGGAACUAAAUUAAAGUAAAUCAUCUUUAACAGUAGUGCUAUAUUGAUCUAGAUCAUAGGUUCUCAACGUGGGCGAUAACGCCCCCUUGUGGACGUUUGAGACUUUCGGGGGUGCAGUAGAAGACCCAGAGAAAAUUAGGGGGCAUUGAGAUGGCGCAGAUGGGGCGUGGGUAGAUUAAAAAAUAUAGUCUAAAGAGAAACGAAAAUACUCUAGAAAAAAACAUAUUCCCAAUGUGGGCGGUGAGCAAAAUAAGGUUGAGAAACUAUGUUCUAGAUUCUUCGCAAGGUAGAAACUGCCUAAUUUCCUAUAUGGUAUGCACGCCCUUGUCUGACUCGGUGUAUACAAGAACAAUUAGUGUGAAAUCAAUUUGUCUUAACACCGCCAGUAAAGCGCCAGUAUAUACUUGACUCGGUGUACACAAGAAAAAGUUUGAAAUCAAUUUGUCUUUUAGAUGUCAUGUAAUUUCUCUUACAUUUUUAAUUAGUAUUAUAGCUUCACAAAUAAUAUCUUGCCUAUCGCUUCUGUGCCCUUCUAAAUUUGUAUACGAAUUAAUACAAGAUUGCAAGCGACUAAAGUCCCGUCGCGAAGCAGGAAGAAUUUCGUACAAUGACCUCUGCCUACUGACAGUGGUCACAAACAUUUUUCUAUCAAGUGCGGUUUAUAUGAAAUAUUUUAUGGAAAAAAAAAUUACUAGCUUAUUAAAUUAAUCAUUUAUUUUGGCUUAAGUACGAAAACAGUUAUAAUAAUCGAGUUGUAUUUACUUAUUAUAUAGAAGUAUAAAAUAAAAAUUCAUAAAUCAGAAUCCGAUUUCUCUGUAUUCGGAGUAACUACGUGAUACUCCGAUGACGUCUCGCCUGUCACAGUUAGUUAUAACUUAUAAGAAUCUAUAUUUUUGUCUACAUUAUGAUCUAGACUACCGAAUUUCAAUUCCUUUUUUUUAUGACUGAUGCAAUUUUGCCAUUUUUCACUUGAAAUAUUGCCUAAAGUCUCCUGCAGCAUCUUUUUAACAUCUGCCAUCUUAAAUGUAGUGUUAUUCCUGGCCUCAUACCCCUUGACGUCUGCCCACACUAUUUCCAUGGGAUUUAUUUCGAAGGUAAUCUCAAUACCUCCACCAACUGCUUUUCCCAUCUCACCCACCACUUACUGAUUGGUAUAGGAUUUAAACAUUUUUCACCUUUUCCAAGUGUUGGACUGUUGUUUCAUUUGUUUCAAAAGAAAUUUCAGUUCAUUCAUCUAUUAAUGAGAGACGUUUUUUCUGGGAUGCAGCUGUCCUGACAACUGUUUCGGUAUAUUUCAUUUUUUGAAGAAUAUUUAUCAGCAGGUCAGGAUUCUUUAACGGAUUUUUACUUUUCACGUUGAUAAUCAUGACUAUAAAGUGUAGCAUUUUUUUUAAAUAGUGAAGAAAACUUAACAAACAAAAACAAACCUUACGUUCGCAGGUAAAAAAAGGUUUACAAUCCCCGAGUACGGCAGUCAUUGCAUCUGUGCGUGCGGGACGCAUUAUUUUAACGCGGGAGUGACAGAGACAGGUAGUAAGAGGUUAAUGUACGAAAUUCCUCCUACUCCGCAGCCGAGCUUUAGAAGCGAUUACCGGCUGCCUUAUGUUGUCAUAUUCCUACGUAUAAGAAUUUCAUAUAUUAUUCAGUUAGUGGUUUUAAUUUUUAAGCAAAGUCGAAAUAUUUUUGAGUAAUAAAAUGAAUGUGACUGUUAGAAGUUAUUUUUUUGUUCUCAGUAAGGGUCAAACAAAUGUAGCACUUGUAAAACAUGUGUUAUUUUUUUUACUGACAAUAAGAUGUUUGUUAUCGAAUAUUGUAUAACGUGAGAAUGAAUUUUUUUCCUUCUUAUUUGAAUUAUUGAUCAGAAUUAAAAAUGUUAUCACAUAAUUUUUAUGUUUAAAUACGGAUUAUUAGUAAGAGCAAAUUGCUGAAGUAUAAGUUAAGAUAUUGGAAAAUAUUACAUAUAAGAGUUUUUUUUUUAUAUUUUCAAAUUCAAUGAAAAAAAAACACAAUCAAAAAAUACUGUCGCCAUUAUUCAGCUUAUUUAUAUAAUAUUGAUGUAACGUCAAAGUGAUAUUUUAAUUUAUUUUAAUUUUUACUUACACUCUCCUAAUUCGAUAUUUUUUUGGUUGAUGAUAAAACCGAUCCUAAUUAUUUCCAUUUAAAUAAAAUAUUAUAUAAAAUUCAUUUUCAUGAUUUUUUUUUGCUUUUUGCUGUCUUUUUUUUUGCAAUUUGAGUAUAUAUCCACUAUAUAUUGACUCAUCACGAUAUCUCUGGAACCAUAAGGCGUAGAGACUUGAAUUUGGUAGAAAAUAUUCCUUUCGCCGAGUAGAGGUCAGCUAGGAACGGAUAUUACGAAAUUGUACCCGCAAUUUUUUUUUUAUUGUGAACAGAACAACGUCGCGUCUUUUGGGUCAGAUAGUAUUAUAUAUAAGUAUAAAUGAUUAUAUAUUAUAAUUUUAUUAUUAUAAAUUGUUUGUCUUCUAUUCUCACUGUUUUCUUCUAGUCGUUUUUAUCACAAUAUAAAAUAAGUUAAUUUUUUACCAAAUAUUUAUUACUAUUUAUAUCACAUUGUUUAUCUUUGUCAAAUUUUUCAAAGGUUAUUGGAAUUUCUAUCAUUAAAGUUGUUGGUUUAAUGUUUUACUAGAAAGACAAUCUGAAUAUUUUUAUUUAUUAAUAAAAAACUGUUAUGUUACAAAUAAAUUUUAUAUUUACCCCUAUAACGCGGUAGCCUUUUAACAUGUUUUUAUAUUAAGCGAUUUAAAACCUCUUGUAUCCACGAUAUAACGUGGAGAUUUCCCACAUACCUAUUUCUGUACUGUGAAAUUUAUUAUGAUUUGUAUAGUUUAUAAUUAGCUUCGCGUUACCUUUGCAAUUGUGUUAUAUCAAAAUCAAAUUAUUUUAUUAAAUUUAUGUAUUAAAAAUCUUAAUAAAAUAGUACAACUAGGCAAGCAAUAGGAAAUAUUUGUUACGAAUUGUGUUUCAUUAUUAUUAUAUAAAAUAAAUGAUUACGUAUUACAAGGUCCUAAAAACGUGUUAUAUGGGAACAAUCUACAGCGUUAUAGGGAGGAUUAACUCUGUCUUGAAAAUAUGUAAAUUUGUAUUUUAUGCGACGGAUUAAAAUUGUUUUUGCUGU